AAUUGAUUUUCACAGCACGCUUAGCAACGGGCAAAGCCAAAGCUAGGUAAGAUUAUGUUCCGCUCGUUAACUACCCCGCGAUUCGCACGUUGUUUCCAAGGACGACAAAGAAUAAGCAUAGCACAAAUAACACCCGUGCAGUUCGUACCCUAUUCUUGCAGUACUCCUCAAUCAUUGUCGAUAUUACCAAAAUCGGCUUCUAGAAGCUUGAGAUUGUGCGGAGCUCGACUUCCGCGUUUCGGUAGACCUCAGCUAGGCUUAGACUAUUGCAUACCUCGACGUCAGAUACAUCAUUGCAGUAUGGGUUUCGAUAAGGUUGCUAUGGAUAAGGUUUUGGAGGGGAAGUAUCCGGCGAAAGAACAUGCUAGGAAGGUGGGGGAGUAUAUUAGGAGUAAGGAGCCUGGGGCGGAGGGAGUGCUGUAUUUGGAGGCGCAGAAGACGGUGAUGAUUGAGGAUAAUGAUGAGGCGGCUCCUUUUAGGUAUGUGUGAAUAGGCUGGGUUGGCAGGUAUUGAGAGGAUUGAUUGGAGCUCGUUCAAUUCGUUCUUUCGUGUCAUUCGUUCGGUUUGGCCCGUUGCACCACUUAUGCUAAUAUGACUAUCCUAGACAACGUCGUUACUUCUACUACUUAACCGGUUGCGAUCUACCGGACUCUUACUUCACUUACAAUAUCUCCACAGGAAAAAGUACCCUCUUUAUUCCUCCAAUUGAUCCAGAAUCAGUCAUUUGGACUGGCCUUCCCGUUUCCCCUGAAGAAGCCCUCGCCCUUUACGAUGUCGACGAAGUCCUCACCACUGACAUAAUAAAUGCGCAUCUCGCGCUACCGAAUCAAUCUAAAGUCUGGGCUAUUGCCCCUCAGAUUUCUACUCACAUCACUUUCCUCGAAUUUCCACAGAAGGAUUUUACUCUUCUCAAAGAAGCUAUUGAGGAAGCCCGAGUUAGAAAAUCUGAAUAUGAAGUUGCGUUGAUUAGAAAGGCGAAUGAAAUUUCGACUGUUGGUCAUACGGCUGUUUUGAAGGCUGUCAAGCAUGUAAAGAAUGAAAGAGAAUUGGAAGCGCUUUUUAUUAAAGAGUGUAUUGCCAAUGGAGCGAGGGAACAGGCAUAUCAUAGUAUUGUAGCGAGUGGAACAGCGGCUGCUACUUUGCAUUAUAUGAAGAAUUCGGAGGGACUUGAGGGGAAAUUGAACUUGCUUUUGGAUGCUGGAGGAGAGUAUAAGUGUUAUGCUUCGGAUAUUGUAAGAUUAUAUUUUCUAAACUUGAGGUCUCCCUGUAGGCUCUUGCGUAGAUAUGCUAAUAUCCUUCAGACUAGAACUUUCCCCAUUAAUGGACAAUUCACACCCGAAUCCCGCUCUAUCUAUGAUAUAGUACUUUCCAUGCAAACCCAAUGCACCUCUAUGCUUAAAGCAGGUGUCUCCUGGGAUGAAGUACAUCUCCUAGCUCACAAAAUCGCAAUUGAAGGACUUCUCUCCCUAAAUAUUCUCAAAGGAAAUAAAGACGAGAUUUUGAAGGCAAGAACUAGUGUUGCUUUCUUCCCGCAUGGAUUGGGUCAUUAUCUUGGAAUGGAUACCCAUGAUACUGGUGGACAUCCAAAUUAUGAGGAUGAGGAUAGAUUAUUUAGGUAUUUGAGAGUGAGAGGGACAUUACCUGAGGGAAGUGUUGUUACAGUAGAGCCAGGAGUAAGAUUUUCUCUUUUUCUUCCCUCCUGGAUUUUGUGGCUGAUAAAUAUGAUUUAGAUUUACUUCUGUCGUUUCAUCAUUGAACCUUAUCUUAAAGAUCCAGCUCAUGCUCAAUACAUUAACGCGGAUAUCUUGGAGAAAUACUGGGAAGUCGGAGGUAGGAUUCCUCCUAUUGUCUUAAUUCCUCUUUCUUCUUCCUGUUCACAUGCUGGUAUUGGAAGUACUAACAAGGAAUAGGUGUGAGAAUCGAAGAUAAUAUUCUAAUCACCAAAGAUGGAUAUGAUAAUUUAACAACGGCGAUUAAGGAUGUUGAUGAGAUGGAAAAAAUUAUUAGUAGUGUGUAGGUAGUGGGUGAUUUAAAACAAGAUGGUUGAUAUGUGGUUGUCACUAGAUAUUGAUACUCGAGAAUAUAUAAAGUGGGACGCAUAAAUAUAUAAGUUCACCAGUUCAGCUAUUUUGAUUAAAUGAAUAAAUAACUAAGAAUUCACCCUGAA